AAAUGUUAAACACGCAAAAGAUUGUUUAAGGAGUCAUCUUUCUCUUUCUUAUCCUAGGGAUAUAUAUGAAGGAUCUGCAAAAAACGUUAGCUUAAGAGAUCCUUUUGUAUUCAUUAGAAACAGAGAGAAAACUUAUAGUAACUCCUUCUUUUCAGAAAGAAGAACAUCUUUUGUUACAUUUAACAAAUAAAUCAUUCAAAGUUUUACGCGUGUCCUAAAAAAUGGCAGGAGGUGGCUUUGUUGUUCAAGGUAGCAGUAGAAACUAUGAAGGUGGUGUCACAGCCUUCGUUAUUAUGACAUGUUUGGUUGCAGCCAUGGGUGGUCUUAUUUUCGGAUAUGACAUUGGCAUCUCAGGGGGAGUAACUUCAAUGGACUCAUUUUUAAGCAAGUUCUUCCCAACAGUAUAUGAAAAAGAGUCUGAAAAACAUAAGGAGAAUAUGUAUUGCAAAUUUGAGAGCCAUCUCUUGCAAUUAUUUACAUCUUCACUCUACCUUGCCGCAUUGGUAGCAUCCUUCUUUGCUUCGACGGUAACUAGGACCUUUGGUCGUAAGAUAUCUAUGUUGUUUGGUGGCUUGGUCUUCCUUAUUGGUGCUAUCUUAAAUGGUGCCGCCAUAAAUGUUGCAAUGCUUAUUAUCGGUCGAUUAUUGCUUGGUGUGGGUGUUGGAUUUGCUAAUCAGUCUGUUCCAGUUUAUCUAUCUGAAAUGGCACCUGCAAAGCUUAGAGGAGCAUUAAAUAUUGGUUUUCAAAUGGCCAUCACCAUUGGUAUUUUGGCUGCAAGUCUUAUUAACUACGGAACAGCAAAGAUUGAGGGUGGUUGGGGGUGGAGAGUCUCUUUAGCUCUUGCAGCAGUCCCUGCAAUAAUGAUAUCUGUUGGAUCUGUUUUCCUACCUGACACUCCUAACUCCAUCCUUGAGAGGGGGUAUCCUGAAAAAGCCAAGGAUAUGUUGAGAAAGAUUCGAGGCACAAAUAAUGUCGAUGAAGAAUUCCAGGACCUCGUUGAUGCAACUGAGGCUGCAAAGAAAGUAGAACACCCAUGGAGGAACAUUAUGCAACCAAAAUACAGGCCUCAACUUGUCAUUUGCACCGUGGUUCCACUCUUCCAGCAGCUUACUGGAAUUAAUGUCAUCAUGUUUUAUGCACCUGUUCUCUUUAAGACUUUGGGCUUUGGUGACGAUGCUUCGCUUAUGUCCGCUGUAAUAUCAGGUAUGGUUAAUGUCGUUGCUACACUUGUUUCCAUAUACUGUGUGGACAGGUUUGGGAGACGAAUUUUAUUCCUUGAAGGUGGCGUUCAGAUGAUCAUUUGCCAGAUUGCUAUUGGAAUCAUGAUAGGCAUGAACUUUGGCACUGAUGGUGUUGGAAAACUGUCGAGUGGAUCAGCAAAUUUGGUGUUGAUCUUGAUUUGUGUGUAUGUAUCAGCUUUUGCAUGGUCUUGGGGUCCAUUGGGAUGGUUAGUGCCUAGUGAGAUCUGCCCACUGGAAAUUCGAUCUGCAGGCCAAGCUAUCAAUGUCUCUGUUAACAUGUUCUUCACCUUUGUUAUUGGUCAAUUCUUUUUAUCCAUGCUCUGCCACAUGAAGUUCGGCCUCUUCUUGUUCUUUGCUGGCUUUGUCAUCCUGAUGACUAUCUUCAUAUAUUUCUUUUUGCCUGAGACGAGAAAUGUACCUAUUGAAGAAAUGAAUAGGGUAUGGAAGGCACACUGGUUCUGGGGUAAGUACAUCCCCGAUGAUGCAAUCAUUGGCAGCCAACCUUACAAAGGGCAAACUGCAUGAAGUGUUUAGAGGCGUGCAGUAAGAAUUUGGGCAUUUAAUUAAAAUAAAGCUUUAUUAUGGGCGUCAAAGCUGAAUGAAUGUACCAAUUAUUUUCCUUCAAAAUAAAGAUUCAAGGAUUUGGGCAUAAUUAUAAUAGAGCUUUAUGAGAAAAACAAGAGAGGGAACGCCAAAUAAAGUUGUACCAAUUCAUUUUUCUUUUGAAAUAAAGAAAAUUAGUCUUUAUGUU